UCGUUCGGGUAGGACGUAGUUGUGUUACUGGCAGGGAUUUUUGCACUGUUUGCUUCGCGCGUUCGGAAAAAUCGGAACCUCCCAAGUUUUCAUGGGGAGUAUGGCACGCAGUGCGGCAAAGAAAAAGUGCGGUGGUAGCGUAUAAUGUGAAAUUCCGCGUAUUUGAUUCGCAGGAUCGGGCUAAACGCUUGCAGCGGAUCUUGUUUUUAAAAGCUGUUGCAAAACUUGAAUCUUCCGGAGCAGCAGAGGCGCCACAAUGAGUUUAAACUGUCAUUUUUCACCCGCGCCAGAUAAGCGGCGGGAAUAAAUCACGUGCGAGUUUUUUUUUCUGUCGUUCCUGUACGGUGGUGUCCCCAUGAUUUCCACAACCGUGGGAAGAAGUGGAAACAAUCGGAGAUGAGAAAAUCAAAACAAUGAUUUGAAAAUUGUACCAAUUUGCGGGAAGUGCCCCAUCGCGUCCUUGUGGGUAACCGUGAGUUUGACAGUUGUCAACAACAGCAACAUUGUCGAGAGUGAUUGACGAUGGCAGUGUCAGCAAAGUUGAUCGCUGCUGAUACCGGGAUGAUGAAGAGCCUAUUGACGACGGUUGGUCACAACCAUCAGGUGUGCUGAAACGAGCGGCCGUUUUGCCACUACAUACUAAUCGGCCUCGCAGUGCUAAUGAGUUGUGGGUGUGGGUGCGUGCAUGUGCGGUUGUGAGCCAGUCUGGGCUAAUUUCCCUCGGCUUCAUACCAGAAGCGGGGGUGUCCGUGCUAUUCCGGGCUAUUGAUUUUCGUUCAUAUUGUCGGCUCUGAUUAAUGAUUGAUGGCUGCUGGCGCAGAGAAAAAGUUUCGACGGAGCGGAAAAAGUGGCAACUGAAAAGCCGCCGAAGAAGAUUUUUGAUCGAAGAUAUUCGACGAGUGAUUAGUUAGUGUGUGCGGGUGUUUGUGUGCCGCCUGUAUGAUCGACAACGAGGCGGAAGUUUUAUAAUUUCAGUUUGUGAAAAGUUGAGUUUGUUCUACGCUCUUUGUUUUCAUAAGUUUCAUUCAUUACGGCAGACGACGUGCGGAAGCAAUGUGAUUUAAGUUUUGUUUUUGUUUUGUUUUACCUCGUCGAAAGUUGGGAAAAAAGUCAGAAGGAAAUAAAUGAAUGCGAAGCAUUGCUUCAUGUGAAAAUCGUGAGUAUCGGUAGAAUUGUUGAUAGUUGGACGACCCGGAUGGGACCACGCUGAUCGGGUGCUGUUAUUGGAGCGAAACUAUUAAACACAAAGUGACAGUGCCAGUGUAAAUAUCUGCUAAAAACACAUCGAUCGCCGGCACGGUGGCUAAAUCCAGGAUAUCUUGCGUAGCGAAAGUCGAGCGGAGAGUUCGACUUUAAUGUGGGAAAUGGUGGAUCCCGAUCUAGAGUGUGGUAACGAAUGUGGCGGUCCCGGACCACCUCCGGAGUUUCUAAUCCCUCCACCGCCACGGCCUCCCUUCCUAGCCGAGCUGAGUAACUGCAACGAGGACGGACCAGUGGCGGCCAUGCUCGGACCGGGCAGUCCUUUCGCCGACGGGGACAUGUGCGAAGCGAUACCGAUCCUCGACGCGAGUUACCACAGCAGUCCAUCAUUCCAAACGUCCGCCAUGAUUGUGCUGUGUUCAGUGCUACUAUUGUUAGUCAUUUUUAUAUCAUCGUUACUAGUGUGGAAACACAAACGGAAAGUUCAGAACUUCCUACCCUGCAAGACGCCAACCCGUGGACCCUCCCAUCAUCUGGACGCAACAGGUGUCUCGGCUGCUCACUCGGUGACGUACGAGGAUCCCGACGUGCACUUAGGUCACCACCCGUUGGUGCUACGGCAUCAUCACCACCAUCAUCACCACAACAUGGAGCUCCAUCAUCCGAAGCAAAUUCACUAUCCCAGUGGUUACCCGAUGCCACGGUCACCACCGUUGUUUAUCUGCUCUUCGCCUGGACCCGACCCGUACCGAUCCAAUGACAAUGUGUACGAAGAGCUAGAGCAUCCUCGAGACACCGACUCGGAGCCACCGGUCCAGUCUGAUGACGAUUUUGCUGAAGAUGAGUUGAGCCUACCCGGUGACCGGUCAUUUCAUAAAUCAUCUUCGGAUGGGGGCACUACGGUGGCCACUAUAUACCAUGACCGUAGCGCCAGCAGCAAUGGGGGAACAAAUAGUGGAAACAACACCGACCAGUACAUGGAGCGUAGCCGAACCGAACGCAACUCACUGCUCUCCUCAUCGUCAUCCGGAAAUGACAAUAACCUGAGACAGAGUGCAGGAGCCAGUGGCAGCAACGGCAACGCCAGUAACGUUAACAAUAGAAACUCUAACUCUAGCACCGAAUGUACGAGUAGCGCGAGCGGAAACAAUAACAGCAAUAGCAAUAACAGUCACAGCAACAACAAUAAUGGAAACAACAAUAAUAGCACCAGCGCCGCAGGUUUGUUUCGUUCUAGAAAGCAACCAGCGACCCUAGGUGGCAGCGGUAGGGCCAAUAAGCAUUUUAACAAUCUUAACUCGCCAGCGGAGCCUGCGAGUGGGGUGGCAGUAAUCCCAACGUCGUACGAUGAGCGAGCAAUGAUGACGCUCCCACCUUCCUAUCAAGCCUCUGCCGCGGCCCCAAUUGGUGCAGGAAAUCCUAAUAAUUUGAAUCACAUCAACAAUAAUAGCUUCGUGAAUAGCAAUAGUCUGAAUAACAAUGGCGGUCGAAGCAAUUACUAUAGUACAAUUGACGACGAGUGCGAUCCUAUAGAGCGGCGGAAUCGAAUCAAUGCCCAGCUAUCCGCGUCUGCUGCAACCAUUCACAACGGAGGCCCUGGCGUUUCAACGAUAUUCCGUAACGGAAGACCCGCCUGUAUCGGUAACAGCAUGAACAACAACCAAAACCAUCACAAUCACCACUCCGCUGGUGUCGGCAACCGAUCCAGAACCAAUCCUCGGUCAUUGGAUCGGCGACGAUAUAUCCACAACAGCAAUAACAACAACAACAACAACAACAAUGCGACCAACGGUAGCAAUCUAGCGGUCAUAUCGCCACAAGACCCUACUCAGUAUAUCUACCACGAGCCUGUUUUUCACGAAGGCCUAAUCUACGAUGCAUGCCUAUCGUACAGCGAUCGAAGUAGCGGUGGAAGUGCUGGCCCACCGUACCCCUACAUCCUGCCACAGUUCACCACUUUCCGGAAUCAUGGCGCCGGUCAUGGUCACCAGCAGGCAAUCUACUCCAGGGACAGCAGCUUCGGAUCCGAUUCGGGCUACAGUCAGCAUACGCAGGCAUCCGGCCGCAGUGUUGGCUGGAGCAGGAAUCGAUCCACCCCGCAGCAGCAAAAUCAACCAUCGCACCAACAACAACAACAGCAACUGAAACAACAACCCAAACCAGAACCCCAGCAGGCCGUGGCAGAUUCUUGAGAAAAAGUUCCAAUGGCGACACUGGUUUCGCAGCUCGUAUACGGCAAGAUUCUGAUCUGAAGCUAUUGAGACCGGGACUCAAGUAAAACCUCCCGACCGCUGCCGUAAGCGUUAGGUUUAAGGAAAAGAAUGUGAUUUUAAUUUUAAAAAGUGGCAAAGACGUGGAAAACACGCCUAACUUAUUUAAAUUGACUAAAUCUAAGGCCCCCUAUCCCGUCAUCCUUUUUCAACCCCGAUGUAUAGGCUGAACAGUAGAUAAAAACUAUUCGCGACAUACCCCCAGAGAAAGACUGUUAACUAAGAUAAGUUUUACACAUUAAUUCCCCUUAUCUAUAGCAUACCGAGAUUGAACCCAAAUGAAAACGAUCGAGCUAUCAAAUUCAAAGUAUUGCUACUUUUAAGACUCAACUCUUACGUAGGAACAGACACUUUAAGCAAGUUGCGCUAAUCUUCUUCACAAAAAAUACAGUAUCUAGUAAUAGCGAGCAGAAAUAUUUCUAACACAAAACCAAUUGAAGCUAGUACUUAAUGAGAGAAUAAUUCGAUCGGUUUUCAAGAGCACAAAUAUGAAUCCUAGUUCGAAGAGUCAGUUCAUAUAUGGAAACAAAACGCAAACCCAUGUUUAAAGCAAGCAAAGAACACGUACUCCAGUGGUUGUAAUUUAACUUUUAAUCGAGGGAAAAAACAGACUGUAAAAAUUCGAAACCUUGCAAACGAUUCCAACUACUAAAGUAGCAAAGCAAAAUAAAACAAAAAGCAUUGAAUCCGUUCCAGUUUGACGGUUUCGCCAUGGGACACGCACACACACACACAAAACCACUCCAACUGAUCACCGAUUUGGCGAUCCAUCCGCAGGUGACGAACGCCGAAUUACAUUAUUUACUUCAACGAAGAAAAAACCACCAUUCGUAUAUACAGUGACUCGAACCCGAAUUCGUACACCACCGUGUAGAUCUCUUUUCACUACUUUUGAAAGUCGAAAACAAGCUUCCGGAACAUUCUAUCGACGAAUUUACGUUGGAUUUACAACCAGAUGGCGCAGCGAGUAAAAUGAUGAUGUUUUGUUUUUUGGUAUGAAAUUCGUUUAAUUUUGAUAGCAAAAAAUUUUCUUCAAAUUCCCCGGAAUAAAGUAUUCUUUCCACGCUGAAGUGGUUAGAAAAUCAUCAUUUCAAAAUGUGGUAUGUAUAUUGAGAAGAAUGGCGCGGUCUAUGUCUUGAAACUAUUUUUUUUCAACUAGGUAAACGAUGAGUAGCAUGUCGUAUCGUCCCCUACAUAAUCAAUGAUAUCAUCCAACUUAAUAUGAUAUCGAUUUCUUCGCAAUUAUCCACAGUAUUCAUAACCUGUAUGCAUUAUCAAACUUAAAACUUUCGAAGAUUAUCUAUGACAUUGGUCAAAUUGCAUGUUGAAACCAUCGUAAAUAUACAAAAUUCUAACUUUCUCACCAGUGACAUUUAAUGGUUGGAAUGAAUCUAUGUAGGAAUAAAAUAUAUACGACCGAAUCUCGCUUUUAAGUACGUAGAAUAAAUAAACAUAAUCACUUUGACGAAUGACUUUGUCAAUUGACGAAUCUACGCAAUGCUGCAUUAGCUCAUGCGACAUCCGCAGGGACCAACGUGAGUCAGACAAAAAGUCCAUCUUUGGUUCCCUAGCUCGGUCAGGGCUUAACGUUUUAAAUGAGAACGGAAGAACGGAAGAACUAGUGUAUACUCGACAGGAAGAGGCAGGGUUGUUUGAUGAAGUAUCAUUAAUGAAGCGCUGGGCGGUUUUACGGAAGUUGGCCGGAACCUCAACCAUGGCCGAUGAAAAGAUGUAUGUCGACGUGUUCUUUUACCUUUUCAUGGCUUUGAUGGUCGACUGUCUCUUCAUUUUGGCCAUUCGCCCAAAAUGUUUCUAUCGGGCGCAGCUGGGGAAUGUUGGGAGGGUUUGUGGUCUUCGCGACAAUGUUUAUCUCCAGCCGAUCCAUCCUCUAGUAAUCUUUUGGCAUAAUGGGCUGAUCCCAGGAUCGGCAUAAAGACCACAUCACCUUCCCAACUCCGGCAAGCACUUCGUACUAUAUAUUUCCCUGUUCACCAUAUGACUCGAAAGAAGAGCGGCUUGGACAUUCCCUUCUCGUCUGUCAGAGAAGGACCUUCUUCGAGAACUUGAUGUGAAUGAUAUAUUCGACGUCAUUCCAUUCGGUAAUUUGAAGAAAAUUGUAGAAUUUGAAUCGUGCUUGCCAGGCGUAAAUGCUCUGAUUGAACGAGUAAUUUUCGGGCGUAAACAAAAUCUAAACCACCGAAAAAUCACAACUGAGUGCCGAUACUUAGAAAGAAAUAAUACAGAUCAGUUUAGACUGGCUGAGCUAUGAUUUAUGUUCACAUAACGUAUAUACAUAACGUUUUGUUUUUUGUUUCCCGCGUUAGACCUCUGAAAGAACCAAUUCACCAAAAAAAGUAUUCGUUCAUUCUUUCACUUUAUAUAAUAGAUCAAAGCUCAUUCUAUGUUUAAAAAAGUGCAUUUAAUUAGUAAUGAAAAAAUCGGCAACUACUUUUCGAGCAACCCAAUAUUUAGAUAAUGGUAUGAAAAUCAUUUUAAAGUCUAAAUCUUUGGGACAUUUUACGAACAUAUUGUUAUUUUGGUGUGUGUAAAUGUAGUGGACAAAAAUAUCGGGAAGAAAGAAAAAAUCGUUUUUUUCAGUUUUUCUCACCCUUGCACAUUAAGUACAUAUCAUCUGAGCAAAAUUCUUACUUCCCGUUUGGUGGUCAUCAAAGCAACAUCGUUGCCGGCGAUCGUCGAGUAGGACUGAAUCUUCGUUUCUACUCGAGCUGUAGAUCCGGCAUUGCAAUCAACGCUUGUGACGCUUGUUAGGCGUUGGUUGAAAGGCGCUGGCGGAUCGAAAGGUUCUCUUCAUUUUUGUCCACUACGUCUACACACACCAAGAUAACAAUAUGUUCGUAAAAUAUUCCAAAGCUGAUGGUCUGAGCUUUAAAUAUCAUACCAAAUAGAAUGUUUCAAAAACUUCUCGAAUUUCAAAAGUGGUGAAAAGGAGAUCUGCAUGGUGGGGUACGAAUUCGAGUUUGAGACACUGUAUGUUUCUCCACCACCCUUUUUCAACGCGCCUUGUUUUGCCCCCACGAAAAGGGUUACCGAACGAACAAAAGAUGCCAAAAAAUACAGGGAAAACAGCAAAUAAACAAAGCAAUUAUGUCGACCACGCCUCCCAAUCGUGGAUGGCAUACGGCGAUUCGUUUUGUGUUCAUGUCAUCCAUAUUGUUAGACGUCAUCAGCAGACCAUGCGAAGCCAACUUGCGUGUUUACACAUGUGUGGAGCUGUCAAACCGCGCCACGCUGCCUCUUGCUAAAUCUUCGUGUAGCCGAAAAUGAAAUAAAAGUGAACUCUUGCAAUCUUUAGUCAAACUAGAAUAGUUCCGUCGUGUAAAAAACGCUGUAAAUUUACCUUGUAAAUAGAGCACCCCCUUUUGCCCCUGUAAAAAGUAACCUUAGCAACCAAGCAUGUAGCAAUUUGGUCAAUUUGUAACAAUCACUAGCAAACGUGGAGCGAUUCGUUGAACACACACACAUCAGAAGCUUUUUCCAGCCGAGCCCACAAUUCUUAUCAACUGUACCUGUCCUUCUCUUCAAGUAAACGUGUUUCAGUAAAACCUAGAACCAGAUUUUAUCACAACCUAGAGAGGAACUUCCCAGAUUCGGAAUUAAUGAAAAAAAGGUAAACGUCAUAUCAUCAUGGAAACGUCAGCGGUUUUAGAAACUGCAAAGAUAACAUCCCUCGGAAGCUCGGAUCUGUAACCAUGUAAAUACUAUCCAAAUUUUCUGUACAUAAAACUAAGUACAAUAACUGUAAUCAAUCGUAGGAUCUAGAGAAGAUAAAGCAAGAAAUCAUGGCAUUACCAGUUCUGGCGUGAGAGCCACAACAGAUAUCAAAAUAGGAUAACAAAUGGAGGAACAGAAAAAAAACAAAUAUCGGUUGUAAUAAUACUAGUCGGUUUUUUUUUUAAAUUUUGAUUCGAACGCGAGGAGGUGGAAAAUUCAUUAGCCGCUUGUAAUUGUACCAUAAUUUGCAUUUUUCGAUUUAAUUAAUACGACCAACUGUGUUGUGUUGAAUAAUUUUCCCUGACAUGGAUCCAUCCUCGACCCGGGAUUGCCCCGGUGCGCAACAUUAAUCUGUCCACAAUCUAUUUAACUUCUGCGACCCCCGCGUGUUGUCCAACCUGUUUUAAUUUCGUUUUCAGGCAGCAAACCGAAAAUUGCAUGGAACACAAUAAAUAAUUUAAUUAACUUUUGUGUAUAUUGACAUUGAUGAAAAACUUUGAAAAUAAUAAAAAACAGAAAGAUUAAAAAGUAUCGAACAGAAGUACUUU